UCCGUCCUCGACAGUAUAAUAAUAGUACGCAGUCGCGCGUCCCGUCUUUCGCGUCGUCCGGUGCGAACCGUUCGUCUUUUCGACUCGUGGAAACGAAAAAUCCGCAAAACCAUUGCCCGCUGCUGGCCGAGUUCACCGUAGAUCGCGAGUGGUUUUCGAUCGUCGUUUGGCCGGCGAAAAGUGCACCGCACGCGCGCUCGUACACGGUAGCCGCGCGGCCACCGAGCGGAUAUCGGACGGCAAACAUGAACGGCGGCGGUGUCCGGCGGUGGUCCGCGACCGACUCGUCAAGCGGCGACGGGCGAUCCGAAAUUCGGCUGGACGACGGCUGUGGCGGCGGAAGUCGGUACCCUCACGCUUGGCUCAGGAACAACUGCCAGUGUCCGUCGUGCACGUCCGCCGAAUCCGGUUUCCGGAAACAAGUGAUCCGCGAUUUUCGGUUCGACUCGGCGCCGGCCCGACUUCAAAUUAUAAGCAAUGAUAAGCUUUAUGUGAAAUGGGAUGACAGCCACGAGAGUACUUACGACUUACAAUGGCUACUAGAGAGAAAUUUUAAUGAGGGUCAAGAACGCUACGAAAAUCAGCAAGUCAAAUGGACUGCGGAGUCGUUUUCAGCUAUAUUUCGGUCAUUUAAAUAUGAGGACGUAAUCAAAAGUGAUGAAACUUUACUACAAUGGUUGGAAACGUUGGCAGUCUAUGGCAUUUCAGUGAUAAAAAGUUGCGGGUUGGAACAUGACCGGGUAAAAGAACUCGCCGGACGCGUUGCUUUUUUGAAGAAGACACAAUACGGGGAAACGUUCAAAGUUGAAGUGAACUCUGAUGCGACCAAUUUAGCAUAUAGAUCAACAUACUUACAGCUACAUACGGACUUGCCAUAUUACGAGUAUACACCGGGGGUGAUUUUGCUGCACUGCAUCGUUCAACCAGAAUCCAGUGGCGGUGAAUCCGAAGUGUCCGACGGUCUGUCGGUGUGCGACCGUCUGAAGGAAUUGGACGUGGACAGUUAUAAGACGUUGUCCUCGGUGCCGGUGAGAUGGAUUGACCGCGGCCACGACGCUGGUUACAGCUUCCAUAACAUUUACGUCUCGCCCGUAAUUUGCGAAGACAGUUAUGGAAAUAUCAAGAGAAUUAAUUUUAGUGAGCAUCACAGAGAUUCAAAAUUUCCUGUAUCAAUAGAUAAAGUACACAUUUGGUAUGAUGCAAUCGAAAAGUUUGUAAAGAUUGCGUACAACGAAAAAAUCAUCAGCACUUUUAAAAUGAAACCUGGGGACAUUUUAACUUUUGACAACCAUCGAGUACUACAUGGAAGAAAAGGAUAUCAAGGCUCCAGAUUAUUAAUUGGUGGUUAUUUGGACUGGGAUUUAAUUAAAUCAAGAACUAGAGUUCUCCAAUUUCAACUGUCAAAUAAAAAUAAUAAUUAAUCAUAUGAAUAAUUUAUGAAUAAGCAAAUCAAAUAUUUAUAUAAUUCGAUAAUUAUAAACUAUUAACUAUAUUAAAUAAGUUCAAUUAAAUAUGGUAUUAAUUAUAUGUAAUUAUAUAAGUACUCAUUUUAUUGAUUUGAAAUUUAUUUUUUAUUUUUUCAUUAGUUGAGUAUUUAACAAACACGUAUAUGUAAGAUUAUUUUAAGUUAUCAGUUAUAACAUUAUAAUAAUAUAAAUAUGUAAAUUAAUUAGGUACUGGUGAAAUUGCAAAUUAUCAUACUAGUAUUUUUGUAUAUAAUU